AUGUUGAUAUCUGAUGCAGUGAACAAUGAUCUUGAAGAAGCCUGUAUCUCUACAGUUCUGCUGGGUGUGCUAAUGACAUGUGCCCAGACAGUGAUGAAGAGGGUUGUUGGAGACAAUGCCACGCUGCCCUGCCACCAUCACUUCUGGGUUGGUGAUCAUCCCACUCUGGACAUUGAGUGGCUGCUCCUCAAGCCAACCAACAGGCAGAGAGUGGUGAUUACCUACUUUUCUGGAAGAGUUUUUGACCCCAAUGAAGGACAACGCGGUCGUGUAGCUUUUGCUGGAGAGUACUUAAAAGGCGACGCAUCUCUGCUCAUCAGUGACUUGUCACUGACAGACUCAGGAGAGUACAGCUGCAAAGUCAAGACUGGGCCACGGUACCACUGGAGUACCAUCAGUCUCACAGUGCUAGUGAAGCCAUCUAAGCCACAGUGCUGGAUGGAGGGCAAAUUCUUGGAAGGCAGUGAUGUUAAGAUGAGCUGCAAGUCCGCUGAUGGCUCUGAUCCUAUCCAUUACAAAUGGGAAAAAGUACAGGACGAAGGCAAAUAUGUAGACAAGCUGCCUCCACUGACACUGAUAGAUUUCAAAACCCCAGAGAUUGUGGCACUGAGGAAUUUGACCAAGGACAAUGCCGGACUCUACAAAUGCACAGCCAGCAAUGAUGUGGGAGAAGAGAGCUGUACAGUGGAAGUAAAAAUGAAUUUCAUCCAUUAUGUGAAGGGAAUUGGUGUGGUAGCAGGUGUGGUGGUUGGUGUGUCCUUCGCCAUUCUGCUUAUCUUACUCAUCAUCUGGUUGGUAUUCUGCAAAAAGGACAUGGAAAAAAACGAAGAAGAGGAGACGCCCAAUGAAAUCAGGGAGGAUGCAGAAGCUCCCAAAGCCAAACUAGUGAAGCCCAACUCCCUCUCCUCAUCUCGCUCUGGCAGUUCCCAUUCGGGCACCUCCUCCACCCAGUCCAUGGUGCACAACUUGGGACCUCAAUGUCAGCGUGCCUUUGUUCCUGCUGUGGCUGCCCUUAACAAGAACUGCCAGGGUUUCCCACAGUCUCCACCUGAAUGCCAUCAGAAGAUUCCCAAGAUCCCUGAACAUCUUUUGCACCCACUUCCAUGUCUACCUCUCACUCCAAACCCAGUCACUGUUGUUAUGUUUAAACCAGCUCAAACCAGGGCCUUCCAAGCCGUGUAGAAGAAAAAUCCUGUUCCUCAACUUACUUCAUUCACACUGUGACAAAAAACUUUCAGCAACUUAACUCUUGAAGAAUUUCUGCAAUAUAGAAACAGUUUUGUUCUGGUGUCAUUUAUUUGUACACAGUCACCUCUGUAGGUUUUAGAGAGAGAUUGUUAGGUUGUUAAAAGUAUAUUUCAGUAUACUUUUAACAACCUAACAAUCUCAAAGACAUCUGUUAACACCUGUAGUUUUACUUUCUGACAAAAGUUUAGGUUUUUACAGAUUUGGAUAUGAUGCACAGUCUCAGAGGUACUUAUUGAAAAUUUUUAAUUCAGGUUCAUGGACCAGUUCUUACCAUUGUUCACUUUUACAUGAAAAUGCAAAAAUACCUGCAACACAGUCUGAUUGCAGUUUGUAAAAUACUGUUGGCCACAAACUAAUUUGUGGCCAUGGACGUUAAAUAUUGUAUUUUUUAGUUGGAUCAAGCUUCACUGCAGAAAGAACUAUGUAGUAGUGCUUGCAUAAGUCAGAGGACCUAAAAACUUCCGUCUGAGAGGUUUUUUUUGUUUGCUUUGUGUGGGACCACCAGGGGACUCCACUCACAUCCAGCGAGAAGGGAAGAGGGAGGGGUAAUGUUUUUGGGUUGUAGGAGGUGUUUGCUGCCUUGUGAGUUCAGUUGUGUGAAGCUGAAAUUAAAGUUGGAGUAAAACGUGAUGAGGUCUUGUGUCAUCCUUACGUACCUCCACAUUGGUGACCCCUGAGACGAACAUGCUGAGGCCUGAA